ACCUUUAAAUUGACACCAAAUGUACUCUUUUUUUUUUUUGGAAAGAUUUGAGAACAAUUGCUUAUUUGUAAUGUCUUGUUUUGCACUAUAGCAGUACCCAUUAACAGCUUCUUUUGAGUACUUACAACCUCUCUAUCAAUUCCAGUCAAGGAACCGACAACGCGUGGCCUCUAUAAUGGGAUAGCCUCAAUAAUAAAGGACUCUAGAAACAACCAUGUUUCAGUAUCUCUGACAGGAAGAGAUGCAGGAAAUCAGUGAAACCGCACGAUAUAUUGGUUGGCUUUAAAAUCUAGUAUACGCUGUAUUCCAUCCAGACUUCACAAUGCUUUACACAAUCAUCCUGCUUCAUGUAUUCCAGAUGCUUCCAGUGCCCAUUUCCAGUGGAGUCUGGGUGCGCCAGUGGCCCACAGAGACGCGCAAAGUUGUGGGGCGUUCAGUUGAGUUUCACUACAGAAUCGAAUCCGAUCAAGAACAAGUGCAAGAUUGCAGCCCCUUCUGGUACAUCCCAGAUCCUGCAACCCGUAGACCUGUACAGAACAUCAAGCAUGAAGGGCUAUAUGAAGGCCGCUUCACUAUAGGACACCCCUCUGACACCAGCACGGCUCUGAACAUCACCAGCCUACAGAUGAACGACACAAACACAUACUAUUGUACGAUGAUCUGUAAAAUCAACGGAAAGGUGUUCAGAAAAUCUGGCAAUGGCAGCAGCCUGAAUGUUGUGGAAGAAGACUGGGAAGAUGAUGGAUUGCAAGUGCCCAUUUCCAGUGGAGUCUGGGUGCGCCAGUGGCCCACAGAGACGCGCAAAGUUGUGGGGCGUUCAGUUGAGUUUCACUGCAGAAUCGAAUCCGAUCAAGAACAAGUGCAAGAUUGCAGCCCCUUCUGGUACAUCCCAGAUCCUGCAACCUCUAGACCUGUACAGAACAUCAAGCAUGAAGGGCUAUGUGAAGGCCGCUUCACUAUAGGACACCCCUCUGACACCAGCACGGUUCUGAACAUCACCAGCCUACAGAUGAACGACACAAACACAUACUAUUGUACGAUGAUCUGUAAAAUCAACGGAAAGGUGUUCAGAAAAUCUGGCAAUGGCAGCAGCCUGAAUGUUGUGGAAGAAGACUGGGAAGAUGAUGGAUUGCAAGACUCAGAAGAUCUCACAAGGCUCACACGUCUUUUGAUUGCUGUGAACAUCUUCACUUUGGUUGUUGUGACACUGGUUUCCUGUGUGUACACCCUGAGGAAGGUGCUGCACAAAACUGCCUUGUCAAAAGGAAUUGAAAGUAAAGCUGCUUUUUAAUUAUCCAAAUUGAAAUAAACUUUUCCACGCUUGAA